CCCCCCCCGGUGCCCCCCCCCCCCUCCAACCUGCGGCCACCCCGCGGAGGUGUAAAGCGCAGCGGAUCCAUCGUCCCUGCUUCUCUUUUCUUGCGGCUGGGUAUCCUGGGGGGCACGGCGGCCCUCGCCUACCAGCUGGAGUUCACCGACGCUUUCCCGGUGCACGACGGCGGGUUUUUCUGCCGGGACCCGGCCUACGGGCGCCCCUACCCCGGCCCCCCCGGCCGCCAGCCGCGCCCCCCCCGCCCUCGUCUACGCCCUCGUUACCGCCGUCCCCGUCCUCACCAUCGUGGUGGGGGAGCUGCUGGGGCGGCUGGGGGGGGGCCCGGGGGGCUGGCCGCGACCAACACCUGGGGUAGAGUGGCGCUACCGUGGAGCCCCCUGCGACGCCUCCUGCGCUUCCUGGGGGUCGUGUUCUCCUUCGGGCUGCUGGCCACCGCCAUCUUUGCCAACGCGGGCCAGGUGGUGACGGGGGCCCCGGCCCCCCAUUUUCUGGCCGUCUGUCGCCCCAACUACAGCGCUUUGGGUUGCGCCCCCCCCGCCGCACCCCCCCGUUUCGUCCCCCCCGGGGGGACCCCCUGCGCCGGGGACCCCCCCUUGGUGGCGGCCGCUCGAAGGGCCUUCCCCUGCAAGGAGGCUGCGCUGGGGGCCUACGCCGGGGCCUAUGCUGGGCUAUACGUGACGCUGGCCUGGCGGGGGGGGGGGGCUCGCGGCUGGCCAAGCCGGCGGCGGUUUUGGGGUUCGCGGCCCCCCCGUUUCCUGCUGGGGGCCCUGCGGGUGGCCGAGCACCGCAACCACUGGGGUGACGUCCUGGCCGGCUUCCUCACCGGCACCGCCAUCGCCGCCUUCCUGGUGACCUGUGUGGUGGGGAACUUCCAGAGCACGGGGGAGUCGGGGCAGGGGGUUGGAGGGGGGGUGCCCAGAGCCCCCCCUGAACUGCCCCACCCCCAGCCCCCCCUGGAGGAGAUCAGCGUGACCCAGGCACGUCGUGCCGACUUCCCGGCUGUCACCUGAGCGUCCCCCACCCGGGGGGGGCCCGGGGGCACCCAGCAGCUGGGGGGGGGAGCAGCUAUCACCCCCGUUGCACGUAGUCAACACAAAGUCAGCUGGAGGGGGGGACAAGGGGAGAGCCCCCGCCUGGCACACGCAUGUGCGGGGGGGGUCUGGGGGGGUACACGCGUGUGCGUGGGUGGGCACAUACUGUGACAUGGGGGGGGGCAUCCCCCAGGGGAAUAAAGUGGUUGCGUGUGA